AUGAUCCGCGGUGACAGCAACGGUGGAAGGGCCAUCGCUGGCACCCAAGACAACAACGACGACAGCGGCCAGGAAGACUUCAACAACUCCGAGCACGUCCUUGACUUUGGCGGCGAGCAGUUGUUGAAUGAGUCCGACUCGGUCCAGGGUCAUGCGAUCCCGCGCCCGCUCGGCCGCGCACGCAGCCCCCGUCUUCAAAAGUCAACCCAGUCCUCGCUCAGCGCCGCCCUCGACCAGCAAUGGUCGCUUGACAGCCGUCGGCGGCAGGAUGAAGGCGGCUCCGCUGCUCUUCGGGGCAAAGGACUUGUCGCUCUGCGUCUUCCCGCUCGCGCCGCGAACGGACUUCGAUAUGCGAAAUUCUCCCUUCCAACGCUUCAGCUCCCCGACAAUUACUACAUCCGCAAAAAGGGCAACCACGCCGAUCACGAAGGAACAAGGUGUUAUGGAAAGCAAGCCAGGACCGAACCAACCGGGGCGCGUGUGGGAGACGCAACGAGCGGGACUUGGGGAUCCAAGACGACCAAGGCGCCGAUUGGAAAAAACUAUGGAGAGGAGGACAUGUUGGACAGCAGCCUAUUGUUCGGCGGCACUGGGGCUCGGACAACAAAACGGGUCCUUCGCCGGAUGCGAGGGAGAGUCGACGACCGCACCGUCGCCCUGCUGGAGCUCAAGGGCUGGCCAUCUACCAAAGCCCUCGCCGAAGCGGUCCACGACUACGACGACUUCUAA